AGUUAUGAAAUUGAUACCGAGUCGCUGGUCGCCAUAUGAUUGAAAUGCGCGGAAGUUUCCACUUGUCGUUUCCAAUUAGACAAGUGUACAACAACCAAGUUAAGAGCAACAACAACCAACAGCAACAGCAGCAACAACAGCAACAAUAGCAACAACAACGUCGACAACAACGCGGAACACUACAAAGCCAACGGACAGCACGCAACAUAGCCACAGUCGGGCCACAGUCAACGUUGCGCUAACGUUGCCAAUAUUGUUAGUUGUUGGGCAUUCACAAAGAAAUUAAUAAAUAGAAUUGAUAAAGGACACAGCAGCAACACACGCCAGCAACAUGACUCUGGAGCAGGAGGAGGAGCUCAUGCCGCCGCCCUACGAGGCGGGCAUGGCCACCGUCUGCAAGGAUCUGGACAAGGGUAGGCCGGCAGCCAAUACGAACCAUAACAGCAACAGCAGCAGCAACAACAUUGCCAAGCACAGCAGCAACAGCAACAGCAACAGCAACAACAAACAGAGCAAAUCGCAUAAGCGCAAAGAGAGCAGCCUCCCGCUGGGCGAGCGACAUUUGGCCGUGCUCCGCCAGGAGCUGAUGGUGUUCCUGGGCAACAGUGGGGUCUUGGGCUCCGGCAUGGUCGUCAGCAUGCCCAGCGUAACGCUCAACCAGCUGUGCGAUGAAACACAACCCUUCUGGCUGAACAAGGAUGAGGCCAGCUGGUUUGCGUCCAUCAACAAUAUGGCCUGUCCGCUGGGCGGGCUGAUGGUCAGCUUCUUCCUGGAUCGCAUUGGACGCAAGUACACAAUUCUGCUGACGAAUGUGAUUGGAUUGAUUGGCUGGCUGCUGCUCGCGACAAGUUUCCUGCACACGAAUCGGGAUUACAUAUACGCCCAGAUGCUGGUGGGCCGUGCCUUUGGUGGCAUUAUGAUCGGCAUGUUUGUCUCUCCGGUGGGCGUCUACUCGGCGGAGAUCAGCUUGCCCCGGAUCCGGGGACGACUCAUAUUGGGCACCUCGAUCGGCCUGGCAUCGGGCAUCCUGCUGAUGUACGUGCUGGGCUAUUUUAUACGGCACAAUGUGGUGCUUAUUGCGAGCAUCAGCUGCGCCUAUCAGCUGGCCGCCACGCUCCUGGUGAUGCCCAUGCCGGAAUCGCCCAGCUGGUUGCUGCAAAAGGGACGCAUCGAGCUGGCGCGCCGUUCGCUGCGCUACUUUCGCGGACUGCAGCGCAGGGAUGACGAUUGCGUGCCGGAGUUCGAGGCGGAGCUCACCCAAAUGAAGAUGACGGCGGACAACAGUCGCGACACGGCGGCCAGCGAGUCCAUCGGCCAGGCCAUACGCCGGCCGGAGGUCUAUAAGCCGCUGCUCAUGAUGAUUGGCUUCUUUGGCUUCCAGCAGGCCUGCGGCGUUGUUGUGAUCAUUGUGUAUGCGGUGCAGAUAGCCCAAACGGCGGGCGUUACCAUCGAUCCGGUGCUGGUCGCUGUCAUGCUGGGCGUGGCACGCAUCAUAACCACCUUCUUUAUGAGCAGCAUCUUCGAGAAGUGGGGCAGACGGCCGGCGGGCAUCUUCUCCGCCAGCUGCAUGGGCAUCUGUAUGCUGCUGCUCGCCGCCGGCGGCUGGCUGCCCGAGACGGUGGGCACCUGGUCCUGGCUGCCGGUCGUCUGCAUUGUCGCCCACAUUGUGUUCUCCACGAUGGGCAUGCUGACGCUGCCGUUCAUCAUGAUAUCGGAGGUCUUUCCGCAGAGUGUGCGUGGCAGCGCCUCCGGCGUUUCUGUAUUCUUUGGCAUGAUAUUGGCCUUCAUCUGCCUGAAGAUCUAUCCGAAUAUGGAGGCCUGGCUGGGCACCGCCAAUCUGUUUGCCUUCUAUGCGUGCGUCUCCUUUCUGGCCGCCCUCUUCAUCCUCAGCUUUGUCCCGGAGACACGCGGUCGCACCCUCAUCGAAAUCGAGGAGCACUGGCGCAUGGGACGCCGUGGCAGGCGGGCGCAACGCGCCUCCGCCGCGGCCGUUAGCAAUCUGAAGGAUGUCGAACUGCACGAGGUCUUCCUGAAGAAGUGAACCCGGCUUGUGCGUGUGUGUGUGUGUGUGUGUGUGGGAGAAACCACGCGUGCGAAUGCAAUCUGUGAUGUGUUAAGUACUUAGCCUUAGCCAAAUGGAAUGCGGCAUUUUCUAUGGCAACAGCAAAACAACAAAACAACAACAACAAAAACAAGUUAACAAAUAAAUAAAUAUACUAUAACUAACUAAA